GUGUGAUGGAAGAAAACUAACAGAAUUAAGAGACAUUAACUGUGAAGUGGAUUUGUUUAAACCACUGCAUGGUUCAGCUCUAUUUCAACGUGGUCAGACUCAGGUGUUAUGUAAUGUAGCCUUUGACUCCCUAGACUCGGUGUUUCGGGCUGAUCCUAUAUCUGUAAUAACUGGGGGACUGAAGGAGAAAAACUUUAUGCUUCAUUAUGAAUUUCCACCAUAUGCAACAAAUGAAACGGGACGUUCAGGGCCAGUUGGAAGAAGAGAGAUUGGACAUGGUGCUCUAGCUGAGAAGGCGUUAAGACCUCUUAUUCCAAGUGACUUUCCUUUCACAAUACGUCUGACGUCUGAAGUUUUGGAGUCUAAUGGUUCUUCUUCAAUGGCCACUGUUUGUGGAGGAAGUCUUGCUCUAAUGGAUUCUGGUGUUCCUUUAUCUAGCCAGGCUGCAGGGGUAGCAGUAGGUUUGAUGUCUCAACCUGACCCCAAGAAUUCUUAUGAACUUCAAGAUUACCGUAUUCUAACGGAUAUAUCA